CUUGAAAAUAAGCCACUUUUCUUGUCGGAUGGCCGCCUUAACCCAUCACUUACCAUCUUGGGAUCAGAUGUUUCGAUUGCACCAGAAACGAUUGUUUUGAAUUGCGUUGUUCUUCCUUACAAAGAAUUAUCUUGUAGUUACAAGAAUCAGAUAAUACUAUAA